AUGGGCGAGGAUAUGGUUUCCUCUUCCAGGCUCCCCGUAUGGCUCGAUUGCGAUCCUGGUCAUGACGACGCCUGUGCUCUCCUGUUUGCGGCUUAUCACCAAUCCCUCGAUCUCAUCGGGGUCAGCACGGUGCACGGCAAUGCGCCCCUAUCUAAAUGUACAUUCAACGCUCUGAGUGUUUUGGAAGCGAUCGGAAGACCCGACAUCCCUGUUUUCCCCGGCUUGUCGCGUCCAUUCUGUCGUACCGUUCAUACCGCUCCUGAUAUUCAUGGUGCGAGCGGGUUGGCCGGGACAGACCUUCUUCCUGCACCAUCCCGUUCCGCCUUGACGCACUGCAGUGCCGUCCUCGAGAUGCGUAAUGCGCUCCUCUGUCAACCUAAGGGCGCACCAUAUCUCGUUGCAACCGGGCCCUUAACGAACAUCGCUCUGCUCUUCACCCUCUUCCCGAACGUCGCCGAACACAUUGCCGGCCUCGCCAUAAUGGGAGGUGCAAUCGGGUCAGACUUCACCCACAUGGGCCAACCCUACCUCGACACCACUGGCACUAGCCACGCCAGAUCUGGGAACCGCACGCCCUUUGCAGAGUUCAAUACUUGGGCAGACCCGGAAUCUGCACGUUCGGUCCUUCAAAACCCACUCUUGAAGUCGAAGACGACUCUGAUUCCCCUAGAUGUGACUCACCAAGCGUACGCAACCCCGGAAAUCCAGCGCAUGCUAUUGAAUGGGAUAAACGGACCGACGAGGCUGAGGACGAUGUUUAAUGAACUGCUCAUGUUCUUUGCGCAUACCUAUGCUGAAGUGUUUGGGCUCACUGACGGACCGCCUCUGCAUGAUCCACUUGCGGUCGCUGUGUUGCUGGAGAACCAUCCAGAUCCCCAGGUUAGGAUCGACUUCAACGAUAAUGAUGGCGAGAGAUGGGACGUCGAUGUCAUCUUGGAAGGGGAACAGACUGGAAGGACAGUGGUGACAAAAUCAUCGAAUGGAGAAGGUGUGAGGAUUCCAAGGACAUUGGAUUUACCAAAGUUUUGGCGGACAUUAGAAGAGUGUAUGGCCAGGGCAGAUGAGGUUAAAGGCUAUGUGAAAUGA